AUGAGACGUACAAGGAAAUUUUGUUGGACGUCUGACAGUCAAGAUGAUCAACGAGAAGCGGAAGAGCGAACUACUGAAAACGAAAGAAAUGCUGUUGAAAACGAAAUUCGAACCAUGGAAGAAGGUGAAAAUGGAACUGAGGAGUCACGUCAACUUUUGCCCCUAAAUUACCAAGGCUCUUCUGUUAGCCAAAGAAGCUGCGAGAAACAACCGUUACUUGACGUUGAAUAUACAAGACAACCCCGACGCACUGGAAGGGUGAAAAGUUUGAAAAAGUUCUUUUACAAAGGGGUAUUGUGUUUUUCUUACCUAAUACUUAUCAUUGCAGCUCUUCCGAUUGGAAUAUCUAGUGGAGGUUACUCGUUUUUUAGAUUUGACAACAGAAAUUCCAGAGUAAUAUCCUUCCUCUCCGACCUAAUACACAACAUGGACUUAUACGAAUCUAUUGCGUUUCCUCUAACUGUUUUGCUGUGGUCACCUAUUCAGAUAUUUUGUUUCUUACUGUACAGUCGGUUAGCUUGUACUAACACUUGGGUUGUUCCUAUCAAUUUUUUAAAACUUAUUCGUAGCGACUGGUUUGCUUCAAAUAUUUCUUUGCUGGUUUUAGCUGUAUUGGUUCCUUUAUGUACCUCAACAUACAAUUUUCAGGUUAAUUUUGUCUUUUUCGCAUGUUACAACGCCGUUUGCACAAUGUGUAAUCUGCUUUUCUUAAUCAUUUUAAACAAGCACAAGUUUGUCACGCGUUACGUUUUCUACAUUAGUGUGUGCAUGAUUUUUGCGUAUCUGGAAAGCAGCAUCGUUGCCGUGUUUUAUUUUGUUCUCAAUUCUCAAGGAUCCUUAAACAACUUAAAACUAACUGCCCUUCGCACUUUGGCGAUCGGACUUACUUUGAAAGUGAGUUUCAGUUCUUCCAUGCACAUCAUACGGAAACUCAAUAAGCCGGUGGAAUCGCUGUUUGAGGGACUUUCGGAGACGUAAACCAACCUUCCCAAGUUUUACUGAUUGAGUUCUUCGGACUCUACGGUUUUACUAAAAACUGAAACAACGGUUUGUGAAGUGAUCAUGGUGCAUAGUAUAAACAUAAAGUUAGAUAAGAAGAGCCAAAGAAAGUUAGGAUACUAUAGAAGUAAAUUUUGUUCCGAGAUGUGUACAGCGAUCAAAUGCGCGGCUUAUUGGGCGGUUGUAAUUUCUAAAUUUAAUUCGAUUUCCGAUCAAGAGCCGUUAAAGCACACAGUCUAACCUCUCCUUACGGACGCCUCUAUUAUACGGACAGUUCGUUUGGUCCCCAUAAUGCCAAAAAUUAUAUAUACCGUUCCCUACCUCUAUAAUACGGAUACCUGUGUAAAGCGGACACUUGGUACUGUCCCUUUGGUGUCCGUAUUAAAGAGGUUUGACUGUAUUAUAGAAGUGUUAAAAGAGUCCACCGUUUUCCUAACUCGGAACUUUUCAAUAGGCCUUUUUAGCUUGUAUGGUUUGUUAACCCAUUUCAUGCCACGUGAUGUUACCCCAGAGAAUUGUUUCUUUCAAAUUUCUUUUAAAUACGCGCAUAUGUAAGUACAAUUUAUGAAAGGACAUAAAGCAAAUUGCCUAAAGAACAUCACGUCACCUGAAGAGGGAGACAAAACAUACAGACCGAAAAGGUGUCUGUUUUCCAUGAUUGUGACCGACCAUUUCCUACUCUCAGCGUUCUCCCGGAAAGCCUGUUCCAGGCUCCGAGAUUGUCGGGUCCGUGAAAUUGAGAAAGUGCGAACACUAUGUGAGAGCCUGGAACAGGCUAAGCUCUCUCGGCUCUGACUCGUCCCCGUUCGUCUCUAUUUGGAUCGCACACGCGACCGAAGAAGCGCGAGGGGUGAUGGGAAGGAGGAAACGAAAGGGCACAUGACGGCAAGGUACUUCUUGGUCAAAUAGGCCCAAUGAAAUGGCCUAUUUUCCAAGUUUAAAAUUUCACCUUAGUCCGCCAUUAAUCAUCCGCCAUCUUGAAAGCGGAUCUGGCAUUAACUGUUGAUUGGAAAAGAGUUUACUUGCUAUCUUUCCCAGCGUAUAGCGUUAGAAUCCAAACUUAAGGAAUUUCAGUUCAAAAUGCGCUGUAUUGAAUUUUAAUACAAACGAGAAACUUUUUAGUUUUGACGUGGUUGAAUCAGAUAAAUUGCUUUCUGCCAAACUGAGGUUGAAUCAUCGAGCAUUAACUCUUUUCCUGGAAAGCAUCGCUGAUUUUGAAAACAUGCCUUGAAGAAUUAAUGUGUUAUGAUUGCCGUUUUUCUCUUUAUUGUAACUGUAUUAGAAGGUAAUUAUUUAGUUUAUAUCAUCUUAUAUCUAUGUUAAAACAUACAUUUGUCUAGUUCAAUUUUUUCUCUUGUUGUAGUCGUAUAUUACUGAUUAGGCAUUGUUUUUAUAUCUGUAUUUUGUAUUGUUGUAAAGGCCGUAAGUUAGAUAACUCAUUGGGUUAUUACGUCACCUUCGUUAGAUAAAGAAUAUUGUAUUGUAUUGUCCUGGUUGCAAGGUGAUAAUAUCAUUGUUGAGAACUUAAAAAAAAGAGGAUACAAUCUUCGAUAAAUUUGAUGUUAAAGAAGUUAAUCAAUCACAGUUUACUACUUGGGAAGUAUCAUUAUAUUUAUUAACAAAAAUGUCAAAAGGGUAUGCCCUCCCUUCGGUGAUUCAUUUCCAGGACUAGGCGUAUUUACCAACGUUGAUCUUUAUAUUGCCAGGAAAAAGGGCCAUUUUAGUAACUGGGAAAAGUUAAUCAAUCGUCUUGACAAUUGAAUAUUGUAUGUAAAUGUAAAGAUGUUGUAUUUUCUAUCGACUUAUAUAAUGGUUUGCUUGAACAGUUUAGGUUUAGGUGGUAGGUGUGACUAUCGUUAUUUCAUUACUUGCUAUUUUUAUUUCUUUUAUUUGGUUUUAUUUCUUUUUGUUUUUGCCUUUUCCUUGUUAGAUUCAAUGAGUGUACUCUGUAAAAUGAAAAUUCCAAAUAAAACUAAAAAACAGCGAAAAAAGAAAGAAAAAAAGAAAACACAGGAUCUACCAGUGGUCUCCUCUUUUUGCUCCUUCCCAUCACCCUUCGCUCUCCCAUGCGCUUCUCUCGUGAAUAUCAAUAGGAGACCGAGAGAUGACUGGGAACGAGCCAAGGCUAAGCUGUAAUAAAAAGGGGUUCAUUUGUUAAAGCUGAAUGUGCCACUGAUACGAAAUGUAGCGGAUAGUUGUUUUCAUGAUGUACAGCGUAAGUAUGAGGGUUCGAGUGGAGUUCGACAGCGCUUUUUAUAAUACAUGUAUUUUGAAGACAAUCAUUACUGUAAUGUAAUGUAAUGUAAUGCAAUGUGAUGUAAUGUAAAGUAAUGUAAUGUAAUGUAAUGUAAUGUAAUGUAAUGUAAUGUAAUGUAAUGUAAUGUAAUGUAAUGUAAAGUAAUGUAAUGUAAUGUAAUGUAAUGUAAUGUAAUGUAUAGUAUUUGUUAAAGAAGGAGCUCGGGGAACACAGUCCCCAUGUUACUCUGUGAUAAAAUGAGACCUGCAGGGCCGUGAAAAAUACUUUUCAGCCUGUCCCCCUAAUCAGAAUGUUUUUAAAUCUUUGUGAUCUUCAGGUCUUGACCAAGUCUAGCAGAUCAUAAAUGCUGUUCGUCUUAGGUCAACGAAGCUUGAUUAGAAAUAAAACGCAAACUACGGUGGGGACAAACAUGAGGCUAAACAACCUUUUUUUAGUUUUCGGGGUACAGAUUUCACCUCCCUAGUGACUACUCGAGGAGGCAUCAUGGAAAUUUCUGCGUGUAUAAGAAAUUAAAAAGAGUAAGAAUAUAAGAAAAAAGAUUGUUUGUAGUAUGCGAAGCGUUCCCAAUUUGAUGAUAGGUAGUGGGCAUGUUUGGCACUGGCUAGGUUUGAUGAUUUUGUCGCCAGAAUUGGUUAUUGACCAGAAAUAAUCCGUUAAGUCUGUAUGUGUUACUUGUGUAAAAAAGGUGAAAGGUGAAGCAACCUUAUUUUAUGUCUUUAUGUCUUUAUUUUCUUUAUUGAUAAAUAAGUACACAAAGCACAAGUUAACGAUAAUAAGACGCCAAAGCCAGAGGCUUAUAUGGCCUACGUCAGAGAGUUACAAUGUGCUGCUAAGUUUCAAUGAGAAUAAAAAUUAAUAAUUACAAGAUUUGCAGAGAAAAGGCAAACUAUUACAACAUUUAAAGAAUUAUUACUGCAUAUAAAGCAAAAUAAACAUAACAAUUAACCAUAGUGUUCAAAAAGUAAUAAAGAAAAGAGUUUGAAGGUAGAAAAAUUUGAGUUCAACUUAGUUUAAACUUAUAAUGAUUGAAAAUAAUCUCUCAGUUUAUGUUGAUAACUAGAAAGAGUAAAUGAAUUACGAAGUGAGAGAGGAAUGUCAUUCCAAAUUUGAGGAUAACUCAUGACAGUAAUAACUGAUAAACUCGAGGUCUGACGGUGCGCCGGCUCAUUAUACUCCCCCCCUCCCCCCACCUCUCUACCAUCAAUGCUCUGUUUUAAGGGUAUCUAACACUAGUCAAAGUUACUCAGAGAGGAGAGAAGUUGAAGUAAGGAAGUUAUGUCACCAGGGAUCGAACUCGGAUAACUUGGAACCUCCCGCACCGAAGGCCGUGCACUAAUCAACUGUACUCUGCCGCCCUUGCUCCUUGUGUUUCGCCCCUGUGUGUGAAUAGCCUGCGUGGCAAGCGUUCGAAAGGGAAGGGGAAGGGAAUCAGUGCGUGCCCAAAUUGCCCCUUUCCCUUCCCCUUUUAACGCCUGCCACGCAGGCUAGUGUGUGAAGGGGCUAUUUUUAGUUGAGGAUUAACCACUAACACGAGUUUCACGCACUUGGAAUUUAUUUGCACUUGACGCUACAAAUCCGAAUCGUGUCGUCCGAAUAUAUCGUCUCAGUAGUAGUCAAUUGAAAUUUAAAUUAAUAUUACAAAAAAAGAUUACCAUACAAAUGAAUGUCGGCUGAAGCGAUGACGGGUAAAUAUUAACUUACAAUUUGUGUCCCAUGUGUGGCUUGGUAAGCUUCGUAUCUUCGAUGCGUGAUCGGUAGCCUGGGACCAGACUCCGCAGUGGGGGAAAAAGGCAAGAAAAAAAAAAGGAAAAAUAUCGGCGAGCGAAGCGAGCCCAUCGGUGAUUUUUCUUCGCCGAUUUCGAUUAUUUUUGCCUUUUUACUCCAAUGCGCGUGCAGUCACCUGGCCUAUUUUUCCCGCGUCGCGAUGUCUUAAGGUAACUAAAUAUUCAAAAAACUAAACAUACGGCAUCUCUUGUAGUAAUUAUUUAAAAAUCAUCACAUUCUCAUAAAGUCGCGUCCUGUUAUGUGACCUGAAUUUUUGUCCACUUAGCCAAGUUUUCACCGAUAACCAAGAUAAAAGUUAAAAACACUAACAAAACGACACCACCAAGUUAAGCCAAGUUAACAGACCACCGAAUGAUCGAGACAAAAACCCAUUCUGCACGAAUAUACAUCUGAGAUAUUUCUGAGAUAAUUUCUUGCAAGUUCUUUGCACACACUGGAACUGUUAGCUCCUGUCGUUAUUGAUGACCUUUUCUGUUUCUAAGAAAUUCACUGCGUGGGCGGGUGACCUGCGUGACACAGAGUAUACACUGUUUUGGAGUGACAAGUCUGGAGCUUCUAUCACGCGUUAAAGAUGUCGGGAAAGUGCUUCGUAAUCAGCAAUUGCAUUUGUUUCAUAGUCAUAUCCGCUAUUUUAUCAGUUUUUUGUCUUGGUUUAUAGGUCUAAGAGGCAACCCGUAUGGCUCGCGGAAGGCAUUGACACCUGGUGUCGCGUUUCUGUGGAUUGAGCUGGAGCAGGUGGGGAUGUACUUAUCUUCCACUUUUUCAAACGAACUUAAAUCACCAACUGUCGAGUCCUUUAUUCGUGAAACGACAAAAGGCAAUUCAUUGAAAGGUCUCGCUGUGUAUUUGAGCCUGACCGACGCAUGUCAAGCGUUGGAUACGCUUGGCUUGUAUACGGCGGGAAAAGGAAGAAUGUACAAGAGCGAUUUCCAUAUGAUAUUACAAUUUAAAAGAUAUCAGUUACUGAUGUAAUGUAUAAUCGGCUCAUAUCCAAAUCCGUGAGUGGAGUUUUUUCUUUAAGCAAAAUAAUAGCAUAAUAAAGUUUAGUCUAAUUAAUACCUGUGUUAUAAUGGUUUUACCACAAAGAUCAAUUUGUUUUAGUGUAAGAGAUUCAAAGAUGACUAGACGCGAGAAGGCGUACACUGGGCUGUCAUAAAACCUAGACUAGGUAGAAAUAUUGUAUUAACCAUUGGUUAAGCAGUAUCAAAACCAAUACGUUGUCAAGGUACUAAACGCUGGUUAACGCUAACCAUGCUUCGAACAACUGGGCCCAGAACAGUACCAAUUUAUGUAAUGAAGCACACGUACCAACUCCGCGGUACCAGAACAGACAGCUGACAGCGUAUGAAAGGAAGAAUUAACCCUGCUAAACUCAUUCCCAUCCCGGACACCACCCCUACCGUGUCUCAUUUAACUGUUUGAACUAAAACUAUAAAUAGAUAAUAAUUCCAAUGUCAUUGAUGGUCGAUGGUGGGUAUAUCUCUAGUUUAUCUAAACUUUUUGGUUUUGUUGACAGCUUGUGGCUAUUUUGAGGAAUACAAUAAAAAAAGUCGUCCUGUUCGUAGGAGAAAAGUCAGCGCAUCUGAAAUUUUCUUUAAUCGUAUGCAAUACCACGAUUGAACUUAGUUAG